AUGAAUAUCAUGUGCGCGCUUUCCAAGAACAAAAACAUUCGUACGGAACUGCGCGAACCAAGUCUGAAUUAUUAUUGUUCCUUUGCAGUGACGCUUCCCCUCUCCAGUAUCAACGAGUACGUGGCACAGGAGUUUGCCACAUCUCGACUUCUGCUCGAGGGAGAAGCCGUACUGGAAGCUGAGUACGUUGUGACGUACAGUGUAAAAAAAAAAGUUGACAGUAACAGCACGUUUGUAGGUUUCGUGCUGCAAACAUCGGCUUUAAGCAGAGACCCGCACGAGCUCGAGAUCGUGGUGAAAGAGAAGACAGUGGCAGCUGCAUCAUGCUCGUGCAAAGCAGGGAGCUACAAAUGCAAACACAUUGUGGCCAUGCUCCUGUACAUCCAUGCCACAAAAGUGUUUGAAAUCUUGUCGUCGACCGACCUGCCACAGCAAUGGGGGAAAAGUCAAAAACAGGGUGUGAAGGACAAGUAUGCGCCCAGGCCAAUCAUUGAGCUUCCCUGCGUCAAGAAGGUAUCGAGUGACGCAAGUCUGGAGGGAGACGUCCUGGGCAAGCUACUGCAGGGGCUCCCAUAUCGCUCUGCUGCUCACCGUCACCGCGAGGAAAUUCCCGUACAAGGUUAG